AUGGACCCGAUCAAGUACAUAUUUGAGAAGCCCGCUCUCACGGGGCGGAUCGCUCGGUGGCAGGUUUUGCUAUCCGAGUUCGACAUAGUCUACGUAACCCAAAAAGCGAUAAAGGGAAGCGCCUCGGCGGACUAUUUAGCUCAGCAUCCUCUCAAUGAUUAUCAACCCAUGCAUCUUGAGUUCCCAAAUGAGGACAUCAUGGCCUUAUUUGAAGAGAAGCUAGAAAAGGACAGGGACAAGUGGAUCGUGUGGUUCGAUGGAGCAUCUAACGUUCUGGGCCAUGGUGUUGGGGCGGAAUUGGUCUCGUCGGACAAUCAAUGCAUACCUUUCACAGCCAGACUUGGUUUCGACUGCACCAAUAACAUGGCUGAAUACGAAGCAUGUGCCCUGGGUGUCCAGGCAGUAAUUGACUUCAACGUCAAACUGCUCAAGGUGUACGGAGACUCGACACUGGUGAUUCACCAGCUAAGAGGAGAGUGGGAAACUAGGGAUCACAAGCUAAUACCCUACAGACCUACAUCAAGGAGCUGGCUGAGUUCUUUGAUGAGAUCUCUUUCCAUCACGUUCCUCGAGAGGAAAACCAGAUGGUGGAUGCACUCGCCACUUUAG